AUGGCAAACUUACAAUUCUGUUAUAACAAGGGAUGUGCUCAGAAGUUCGAUCCAGAAGAGAAUUCGGAAGAUUCCUGUCAUUACCAUCCUGGAGAGCCAAUCUUUCAUGAUGCCAAAAAAAAGUGGUCCUGUUGUAAUAAGUACAGCACAGACUUUUCUGAGUUUCUAAGCAUAAAGGGAUGCGCUGUAGGGAAGCAUAACAGUGUCCCUCCAGAUAACACUGUCAAAGAAAAAAAAUCUGAUAUUCCAACUAAACCUAUUCCUACACCUACUCCUGUAAUAUCAAAACCCGUUGUAUCCCAAAGACCAUCAAGUACCGAGCCCACACGUGAUCUUCCAAUCGAAGUUGCAUCAAAUCUUAAGUCAGCUCUGGAAGAAUUAUCACUAGAUCCAUCCUUCAAACCACUACAGAAUUAUACAAUAGAAAAUAAUAAUAAAGGUAGUCCUUCAAUUGGUACAAAUUGCAAGAACACUGCAUGCAAACAGGUUUAUACAGGAACAGAUUCAGAUAGUGGACUCUGUCUAUACCAUCCCGGUGUGGCUGUAUUUCACGAAGGACUGAAGUAUUGGACUUGUUGUAAUCAGAAAACUAGUGAUUUCGAAGCAUUCCUUAAACAAAUCGGGUGUACUACAGGUCAUCAUAAUUGGACAGUGGAAGAUGCAAAAUCUACAAAUGCAACAUUAACUCUUCAACCAAAUACAAAUUGUCGUUUUGAUUGGUAUCAAUUUGGUGGUUGUGUUACAUUAGAUAUUUAUGCUAAAAAUAUAUGGCCUGAAACUGUUUCUAUUAAAGUUAAUCAAAUAGUUUUACAUGUUUCAUUGAAAUUUGGUUUAGAUUAUCAAACAUUUGAAAGAGAUUUCAAUUUAUACGGUUCUAUAGAUCCAAAACAAUCUAUUGUUAAAUUAAUGCCAUUAAAAGCUGAAAUAAUUUUGAAAAAAGCUGAACCAAUAUCGUGGCCUACACUUGAAUGUAAACUAUUAGAUAAUAAUAAUAAAGCAAAUAAUUCAAAUAUGAAUAACAAUGAAGAAACAAUAGAGAACAAUUCAAAAUGA